AUGCACUCACCAAAGCAUCACGACAAGAAAUACGAUGGUUUGUCACCGUUAAGUGGCUGUGAUGAGGCUGCUUUGCUUGUCGCCAAUCAGCAACUCCAGAAUACGUUUGGCGGUUUUAUGGUCGGUCCAACGUCACGAAGCACUGACUUCGAACCACUUCUCCCACAAAAGCAUGACUCUCCACAGCCCAUUCAUUACGGAAUGAAUCUCUCAAUGCAAGCGUUCCAAAGCGCAGCCGCUACCGUUGUCGCAAAAGAGGAACCGUCACUCUCCCCGUUCAACUCGACUAUGGGCUGUUUCCCGGCGGCUUGUGCACCGUUUCGUUUCCCUCCGUGCGCACCAACGACUUUCUCUCAACCAGAUCCCUAUCAAAUCCUCGGACCCACGUGCACUCGAUUGGCUCAUUCAGGCAGCGGUCAAACACAAUUAUGGCAAUUUCUCAUGGAACUCCUAGCUGAUCAGAGAAACGCCGAGAUAAUCACUUGGGAAGGUUCACAGGGAGAAUUCAAGUUGGUCGACCCGGACGAGGUGGCAAGGAAAUGGGGUGAACGAAAGUCGAAACCGAACAUGAAUUACGAUAAGAUGUCACGAGCGUUGAGAUAUUACUACGAUAAGAAUAUUAUGUGCAAAGUCCACGGGAAAAGAUACGCCUACAAGUUUGAUUUUCAAGGGAUCGCGGCAGCAAUGCAACCCCAACCAGGCGCUCCAGAUUAUCUCACAGCGUCUUCAGUUGGACGACUUCACUCGGAUUUCAUCUCUUCUCAAUGGAGUGCUGCUGCUAACUAUCGAUCGCUUAUACCAACUGGAUUCCAGACAUCUUCGGGACUUUUCGGCGCCUCCUACGGCGCUUUCCCCACAACAACCGGUGCCCAAUCAGCGUUGCACACAAAGAAUUUCAAUCUCUACAACGCGGCAGCCACCUAUUCAUCUAAAUGUUUA